AUGUCACAGGCUUUCGGCGCUGUGGACGAGGACGAGGAGCUGGCGGCGGAGGAGGACUGUCCUGAAUUGGUCCCCAUUGAGGCGAAGCAGAGAGAGCAGGAGGAAAAGCCUGGCCCCGGCGCUAAGAUCCCAGUCACAAUUAUCACCGGGUAUUUAGGUGCUGGGAAGACAACACUUCUGAACUAUAUUUUGACAGAGCAACACAGUAAAAGAAUUGCAGUUAUUUUAAAUGAAUUUGGGGAAGGAAGUGCAGUGGAGAAAUCCUUAGCUGUGAGCCAAGGUGGAGAGCUCUACGAAGAAUGGCUGGAACUUAGAAACGGUUGCCUGUGCUGUUCAGUAAAGGACAAUGGCCUUAAAGCAAUUGAGAAUUUGAUGCAGAAGAAGGGGAAAUUUGAUUACAUACUGUUAGAGACCACGGGAUUAGCAGAUCCUGGUGCUGUAGCUUCUAUGUUUUGGAUUGAUGAUGAAUUAGGGGUUGACAUUUAUCUUGAUGGUAUCAUAACUGUUGUGGACUCAAAAUAUGGAUUAAAACAUUUAACAGAAGAAAAACCUGAUGGCCUUAUCAAUGAAGCUUCUAGGCAAGUUGCUUUGGCAGAUAUCAUCCUCAUCAAUAAAACAGACUUGGUUUCAGAAGAGGAUUUAAACAAAUUAAGAACAACUAUUAGAUCAAUAAAUGGACUGGGAAAAAUUUUGGAAACACAAAGAUCAAGAGUUGAUCUCUCUAACGUGUUAGAUCUUCAUGCCUUUGACAGUCUCUCUGGAAUAAGUUUGCAGAAAAAACUUCAACAUUUGCCAACAAUACAACCUCACCUUGAUCAGAGUAUUAUUACAGUCACAUUUGAAGUACCAGGAAAUGCAAAGGAAGAAAGUCUAAAUGAAUUUAUUCAGAAUCUUCUGUGGGAAAAGAAUGUGAGGAACAAGGAUGAUGACUGCAUGGAGGUCAUACGACUAAAGGGGCUGGUGUCGAUCAAAGACAAACCACAGCAAGUGAUUGUCCAAGGUGUUUAUGAGCUGUAUGAUCUGGAGGAGACUCCAGUGAUCUGGAGAGAUGACACUGAGAGAACAAAUCGACUGGUUCUUAUUGGCAGAAAUUUAGAUAAGGAUAUCCUUAAACAACUAUUUAUAGCUACUGUGACAGAAACAGAAAAACAGUGGACAACAUAUUUUAAAGAAGAUCAAGUUUAUCUGUAA